AAGAAAGUUUUACGGCCAGGAUCAAUGUCCGAUCAUGGGAACCAAACCGAGAAAGAAGAGGAUGACAGUGAAGCGGUGGAUUAGUGUGAAACUCGGUGAUAUAAAGGAAUACAUACUAUAUAAAAACUCAGCUGAUGUGGCUCAUUUCUGUCCAGUCCUGGGAUAUUUGGUUCUGCUGUAUAUGCUGUUCUUUCAGCUUCAUGGGUUCAUUCCAGACAACUGGGAAUCAACAAAGAUGUAUAUACCUCCUACACCAGUUCCUCAAGAAGACAUCGGCAAUAUGGAGGACCUCAAGGAUGGUAUAACAUUUGUCACAGCUUACUUUGAUCUUGGUACUUUUAAAAAAGGAUCGAUGGUAUUCAAAUACUUUGGAAAACACACGUAUAUGAAUUGGAUGGCUGCAUAUUCAAAAUUCAACAACUCUGUGAUUUUUUUUACGGAUUCAUCUGAUAUGGAAGAUUUGUUUCGUGAUAUCAGAAAACAGUUUCCUAGCCAUAUGACACGCGUUAUCAGAAUAGAACAGGACAAAUUAUGGUCAUUCAGAUUAGCCCCACAGAUUAAACAGAUAUAUUUGCAGCCAGGGUAUCCGAAAUACCCCCCAAACACUGUCAAGGAAAAAUACCCCUGUGCUAUGCAUGUGAAAUAUGAAGCCCUUGAAAUGGUGAUUCGCCAAAAACUAUAUGAUACCAAACAUUUAGCGUGGAUUGAUAUAGGAUAUUUUCGUGAUAAAGAGACAAAAACAUUUACAUUAGAAACGCCUGAUGAUUUUAAAGAUGACCAUAUAGCUUUCAUGCAAAUAGAUAAAUUUUAUGAAGGUCUAUUAUCUCGAGAUGUGAUAUGGAACAAUAUGGUUUGGAUAGCUGGUGGAAUGUUCCUCGGUCGACCUGAUUAUCUGUUAACCUUCAUAGCUGAUUACAAACGUGCUGUGGAGAGCUUGAUAGCAGAGAAACUGAUGAGUACUGAUCAACAAAUCUUGUAUAUCAUGUAUUCCAAGCAGACACACAUAGGUGCACGUGUACCCAUCCAAGUAUAUUACCACAAAUGUCGUUGUGACUGGUUUUUCUUAGGUACUCUCUGUCGUUAUGUCUGGGAGAAGAAACACUGGUAUCGUCCACGUUUAGGCUAUUUUUUGUCAUUGGCUCUGUGAUUAGUCCGUCCCUAGUGACUAUGAUGUUCUGUUAGUUGUUCGAUGGAAGGUGUUUUCCAUCCUGAAUUUUAGUUGAGGAUGUCUCUUGUAACCAACUCUUUGGGUUUCCUUUGUAGUCCUGAAUCAAAUUAAUUGUUAAUUGAGCAAUUAAUGUUUGUGGAUUUGGUCUCCAAGACAGGAAAGUUAUUAAGGCAUCAAAUUUAUAUUUUCAUUUCAUGUCAGACUUUAGACUGAAAUUCUGAAGGCUCAUUGAAGCUUGAA